UGACAUCGCCCUCGUGGCAGGCCUCUCAGGAUCCAGGACACCAGCCGUGAUGCAGCGGGCUUUGUUCAGCCGGAGCGCGCUGCUCGCUCAGCAGGCUGCCGCUGCUCUCGACAGCCCGUUGGCUGCGAGGACAGUGCCGCUGCUGCAGCGCCUGGACCGCUCCAUGUCCUCAGUCACCAUCCCGCCGCCCGCGUGCAUGCUCCGACCGCUCGAGGUGCCACACCGUUACCUGUUCGGACCGGGACCAUCAAAUGUUCCUCCACGUGUUCUGGCCUCUGGAUCUAGGCCCAUCAUUGGUCACUUGCAUCCAGAAAUGUAUCAGAUCAUGAAUGACAUCAAAAAGGGGAUCCAGUACGCCUUUCAGACAGAAAACAACAUGACCCUAUCUAUGAGCGGCUCCGGACACGCAGCCAUGGAGUGCGCUGUCUUCAACACGGUGGAACCCGGAGAAAGCGUCCUCAUUUCCACCAACGGCAUCUGGGGAGAGCGUGUGGCUGAAAUUGCAGAGAGAAUGGGUGCCAAUGUCCAUAGAUUGGAGAAAGAACCAGGAGGAUAUUUUACCAAUAAAGAAAUUGAGCAGGCCAUAUCGAAACACAAGCCGGUCUUGUUUUUCCUCGCACACGGAGAGUCCUCAGCUGGUCUCUGUCACCCUGUGGAUGGCAUUGGAGACAUUUGCAGAAAACACAACUGCCUCUUUCUGGUUGACACAGUCGCCUCACUCGGAGCGGCACCAAUUUUUAUGGACAAACAAAAGAUUGACAUCCUGUACACUGGGUCUCAGAAGGCUCUGAAUGCACCUCCUGGCACAGCACCCAUCUCUUUUAAUGACAGAGCAUGCCAGAAGAUGUUCAACAGGAAAACAAAACCUGUUUCAUAUCUCUUUGACAUGACCCACUUGUCCAACUAUUGGGGCUGUGAUGGGAAACCAGCCAGGGCAUACCACCACACUGGUCCUGUUUCUGGGUUCUUUGCGCUCAGAGAGAGUCUGGCAAUUCUUGCUGAAAAGGGGCUGGAGGAGUCCUGGAGGAAACACAAAGAGGUGGCAGCCUACCUGUACAAAGGACUGGAAGAUCUGGGCCUCGAGCUUUUCAUCCCUGAAAAAGAUUUAAGGCUUCCCUCCGUCACCACCAUAUCCAUUCCCGAAGGUUACGACUGGAGGGAGAUGUUGACUUACAUCAUGAAGCACCACCAGAUGGAGAUGACAGGAGGACUGGGUCCUUCCAUCGGCAUGGUGAUAAGGAUCGGAUUGAUGGGAUACAACUGCGAGAAGAGCAAUGCGGAUCUGGUACUGCACGCCCUGGAUGAUGCGCUCAAAAACUGCAAAAAGAGCAAGCCCUAAGAGUUCAUUUCUUCACUCACUGACUCACAUAUGCAUUACAAGGACAUAUAUAAAUAUGUUUAUUUUUAAGUAGUUCUUCCAUGUGAAAAACAGUGGAUUUGUGCAUGCAUUGCUUUUUAAGAGGCUUUUCUCGUUCUUGAAAAGCUGCAAGUAUUGUAUUAAAUAAAGAUGCCUUUUUUUCUUUAAUUAACAAAGCAACACUCGUGUCAAAAAAAAUUAUGUAUUUUUCUUUCUUUCGUUUUUUUUUCUUUUUUCUUACAUUUUUCUUUGAACUUUGACACGUAAAGCGGUUUGGAUUAGAUAGACUACAUUUCCCAGAAACCCAUGCGGUGUUUGGGGCGGUACUACAGAGGGCAAACCGGCUCUGCUGUUGAAGUGUUUGUUGACUUUCAUUUUGUACUUCUGCUCAUUUUGGCUUCUUAUUCUUCGCCCUAAAAGCUGAAAUAUUAAUGGCUUGUCCUGCUGGCAACACUGGUAUGUGAAGUUUUAAAUUAAAACGAGACAAUGCGACUAUAAUUAGGUUAUUUUUCAUUAUCGUGCAUUUGUUUAUCUGUACUUUAACUCCCCUUUCCCUAUUAAAUCUGUUAAAUAUGCAUAUACUACAUGGUCAAAGGACAGUAACUAAUUCAUUGUCGCUGAGACCUGCCUUCAGUCCCUAGGUUUAAGUUUUAUUUAAGCUUUUAUUUCUCUCAUUUGGCCUCUACUUGCAUAAAAUUGUCCGAUGUCUUCUUCUUCAAGCUUAAAUAGCAGCUCUCAUCUUUAAUGUAGCUCCAUACUGCCACCUGCUGGAAUCACCUCAAAAUGCAGAUUCUCCUCAAGUUCUGGUUGUUUAAUUCGCGUGUUCAUUAAAAUGUGAAGGCAGAUGAUGUUUUUAGUCCGGGUCUGUGUUUGUGGGCUUGUCUGUUUGUAAGAUACAUCCUGAACUGCGGACGAGUUUAAGUGAAACCAGAAAUAGGAUGAUAGAAUCAUAGGAUGUUCAUCAUUUUUAGAAAAAUCCUGUAUUCUGAGCGUGACCUUUUUGGGAUGCUGCAUGAGCCUGUGCAUACCAUUAUUUUGAAGGUUUAAUUAAAAAAACAGCUUAAACUCUGUUCCUUUUUAUCAUAAGAACUAAAAAGCAGUGGACAGUAAGCAAUAAUAAUAAUACUUUGUAUGUAAUAAUCACAAUGUGAAUAAUAAUAAUAAAAAUACACCUUCUUAAAA